AUGAGGAAAACCUCCGAGGAUUGUCUCACUUUGUCUCCAGACUGGAAAGUAGAAGAUGAGGACAUCACACAGUAUAGUCCAGGAGAAAACCCGGCUCCCUCCAAUGUCCAUCCGGCACCACCCAGUGUAGAUGGACCAUCGGAUUCCUCGUAUCCUGAGGAACCUCAGACUGUGCGGGACCGGGCCUCCCUUCCAACAGGGAAGAGCUUCUCCUGCAUCGAGUGCGGGAAGGGUUUUUCACAAAAGUCCAAUCUUUACAGACAUCAGAGGUCUCACACAGGUGAGAAGCCACAUUCCUGCCCCGAGUGCGGGAAAUGCUUUUCAAAGAAGUCCUAUCUUUCCGUACAUGAGAAAUUGCACACAGGGGAGAAGCCAUAUGCCUGUACUGAGUGCGGGAAAUGUUUUUCACAGAAGUCCAAUCUUUACAGACAUGAGAGUAUGCACACAGGUGAGAAGCCACAUUCCUGCCCUGAGUGCGGGAAAUGUUUUUCAAAGAAGUCCUAUCUUUCCAUACAUCAGAGAUGGCACACAGGGGAGAAGCUGUAUUCCUGUUCUGAGUGUGGGAAAUGUUAUGUACAAAAAUCAGAUCUUGUCAGACAUCAAAGAUCUCACACAGGGGAGAAGCCGUAUUCCUGUCCUGAGUGCGGGAAAUGUUUUUCAGGGAAGUCUGAUCUUUACAGACAUCAGAGACUGCACACAGGGGAGAAGUUAUAUUCCUGUCCUGAGUGUGGAAAAUGUUUUUCACGGAAGUCCAAUCUUUCCACACAUCGGAGAUUGCACACAGGAGACAAGCCAUAUUCCUGUUCUGAGUGCGGGAAAUGUUUUUCACAGAAGUCCAUUCUGUAUAGACAUCAGAGAUUGCACAUGGGGAUAAGAGAGUUUUCCUGUAAUGAGUGUGGGAAGCGUUUCCAUUUUAAAUCCGGGCUCGAUGCACAUAAAAGAUCUCACACAGGGGAAAAACCAUAUGCCUGUCCUGAGUGCGGGAAAUGUUUUUUUUCACAGAAGUCCAGUCUUAGCACACAUCAGAGAUCUCACACAGGGGAGAAGCCGUAUUCCUGUUUUGAGUGUGGGAAAUGUUUCUCAGAGAAGUCCUCUUUUUAUAAUCAUCAGAGAGUUCAUACAGGGGAAAAACCAUAUUUCUGUUCUGAGUGCGGGAAAUGUUUUUCACAGAAGUCACAUCUUAACAGACAUCAAAGGUCUCAUUCGGGUGAGAAGCCUCAUUCCUGUUCUGAGUGCGGGAAAUGUUUUUUUCAAAAGUCCUCCCUUUUGACACAUCAGAAAUUCCACACAGGUGAGAAGGCGUAUUCCUGUCCUGAGUGUGGAAAAUGUUUUUCAUGCAAGUCCAAUCUUUAUAUUCACCAGAGUUUUCACAGAGGGGAGACACUGUAUUCCUGUCCUGAGUGCGGUAAAUGCUUUGUUAAAAAAUCAAAACUUGUCAGACAUCGGAGGUCUCACACGGGGGAAAAAUCAUAUUCCUGUCCUGAGUGCGGGAAAGGUUUUGUACAAACAUCAGAUCUUGUCAGACAUCAAAGGUCUCAUACAGGGGAGAAGCCGUAUUCCUGUACUGAGUGUGGGAAAUGUUUUUCAGUGAAGUCCAAUCUUUAUAAACAUCAGAGAUCUCACACAGGGGAGAAGCCACUUCCCUGUCCUGAGUGCGGGAAGAGUUUUGUGCAAAGAUCAGAACUUGUCACACAUCAGAGAUCUCACAUAGGGGAGUCACCGUAUUCAUGCCUUGACUGCGGGAAAUGUUUUUUAUUGAAAUCCAGUCUUAAAAGACAUCAGAGAUUGCACAUGGGUGAAAAGCCAUAUUCCUGUUCUGAGUGCGGGAAAUGUUUUUCAGAGAAAUAUAAGCUUUAUACACAUCUGCGAUUGCACACAGGUGAGAAACCGUAUUCCUGCCUUGAGUGCGGGAAAUGUUUUGUACAUAAAUCAUUACUUGUCACACAUCAAAGGUCCCACACGGGGGAAAAGCCGUACUCCUGUCCUAAUUGUGGGAAAUGUUUUUCACAGAAGUCAAAUCUUUACCAACAUCAGAGAUUGCACACGGGAGAGAAGCCGUAUUCUUGUCCAGAAUGUGGAAAAUGUUUUGCACAAAAAUCAGAGCUGGUCACACAUCAGAGAUCUCACACGGGGGAGAAGCCGUAUUCCUGUACUGAGUGUGGAAAAUGCUUUGCAGUGAAGUCUCAUCUAUACACACAUCAGAGAUCUCACACGGGGGAAAAGCAACUUUCCUGCUCUGAGUGCGGGAAAUGUUUUGUACAAAAAUCACAACUUGUCAUACAUCAGAGGUCUCACACAGGGGAAAAGCCAUAUUCUUGUCCUGAGUGCGGGAAAUGUUUUUCAGUUAUAUCCAAUCUUAACAUGCAUUUGAGAUCUCACACAGGGGAGAGGCCGUAUUCCUGUCCUGAGUGCGAGAAAUGCUUUUCAAGGAAAUCGCAUCUUUCCAGACAUCGGAGGUCUCACACGGAGGAAAAGCCGUAUUCCUGUCCCGAGUGCGGGAAAUGUUUUUCAUUGAGGUCCAAUCUUUAA